AAAAAGGAUGAAAAGCAUAGAGAAGAGAUGACGAGGAAAAAAACAGGAAAAUUAUACGGCAGUUUAAGUUUGCUUUCACUAAUCCAUUUGAUAGGAUCACCUAAUGAAAAAGUAUCAAAAUUUACAGGCGAAAAGGACUGUAAAAAGAGUGGCGAAAAACGGCGUUGUGCAGCCUGUCAUAUUGUGGCACACACCGAUUGCUUUGAACGCCUAAAAGACCUGAAUUUACAAUGUCGAACAACGUAUCGAGAUGCUGAAAAUCGGAAACAAUCUGAAGCUGCACUUCGCGAACAGCAUCAUUGGGUACACAAGUGGAAAUUAGAUGGUAAAUGCCUAGAAUGUCAUAAAGGAUUCCAGCAAAAACGUUUUCGUGAGAAGGAAUUGAUCGGAGUAACUUGCACGUGGUGUAAAGAGGCAUAUCAUAAUAAACCUGAAUGCUUUUCUCAAAUUAAGCUUGAUGAACGUUGUCAUAUGGGUGUUCUUCAUGAUCUCAUUGUACCGCCAUCAUGGGUAGUACGUCGUCCUGGUGUACAUCGACAGCACGACGAUUUAACAAAAAAAUCCGGUGGAAACAAACAGGGUGCAAAAACAUUGCAUAAACUUUGUUGGCUGUUGAAUCCUCGUCAAGUGUUUGAUAUUACCACUGUAGAUCCAAAAUAUUCGUUAGAAAUGUAUAGAAAUGCAUGUCGAUCAUUGUGGAUAUUGGUAUGUGGCGGUGACGGUACUGUCGGUUGGGUGCUGUCAACAUUAGAUGAAUUGAAAUGGCCAAUUUAUCCGCCAAUCGCUGUAUUACCAAUGGGGACAGGCAACGAUUUAGCGCGGACUCUUGGUUGGGGUGGAUCAUUCAACAACGAACCGAUAAGCAACUAUUUGGAGGUACUGCUACGUGACGCGUCAGUUACAGAGUUAGACCGUUGGAAAUUGGAAGUUGAACCAAAUUGGGAUUGUAUCUUAAAUCAAACGGAAAUUUUUAACGAACAUGAGCAAGCAAAUUUACCGUUGAAUGUGAUGAACAACUACUUCAGUAUUGGUGCAGAUGCACAUGUGGCAUUACAGUUCCAUCAUUCACGAAGUGCUAAUCCACAAAUGUUGAAUAGUCGUUUUCGUAAUCGUAUCGCAUACGGUGGCUUGGGUACAAUCAAUUUAUUCAAAAGGACAUGGAAAGAUUUGUCUAACUAUGUCCGACUAGAGUGUGAUGGUGAUGAUUAUACGAAUGUUGUAAAAAGUAACCGAUUUCAUUGUCUUCUGUUCCAUAAUAUUACCUAUUAUGCUGGUGGUACGAUUCCGUGGGGUAAUGACGGCGAUGACAGUUGUUCGCCAACAUUUCACGAUGGACGCAUUGAGGUUAUCGGGUUCACGACAGCUCAGUUGGCGGCUCUUCAAAUGGGUGGAAGAGGUGAAAGAAUUGCUCAAUGUUCGCAUGUUCGACUGGUAACAUCAAAAGCAAUACCAAUGCAGGUGGACGGGGAGCCUUGCCUUUUAUCGCCAUCAUCAAUUAAUCUUACAUUUCAUAAUAAGGUAAUAUAUUACAAUCCAGAACCAUGUUCAUCCAAUACAGUAAUUGCUGGUAAAGAUUUGGUACUGGAGAUACAGGUAUCAAUUGUUAGUCGUGAAGAGUAUGAGAUGCAUAUGGAAAAACCAAGUGACUUGAUUGAAACAGCUUAUGAAUUGGGCUCUAUAGAAACGGAAAUUGGCGCAACUGUACGAGCAAUUCGUUCGCAGGUACAAGAUUUGUUUCGUCAACAUCCAUGUUUACCGUACGAUCCGGAGGACAGUUGGCGAUUUUUAGACUUUCUCUCAGAUCUAAAAAAGAACACAUUUUGUGUAAAAGUUUUUGCGCUGCAAAGGAUCACAAUUUGA